AUGGCUUCUCAUAUGAGUGAUAGGUUAUUAUGGGUAUGUCUAGGCGUGUCCCUGUUCUUCGCGGUUCGCGGAAUUGCUGCCGACCUCCACCGAGUGAACGAGUUGACUGAAAUCAAAAAUGACGACAAUGAUGACAAGAUAAUUAGUGAGGGGACGGAAGAUGCUCUCAAGCUCGAUACACUAUUGAAGCUCUCCAACAGCACAAGCUAUGAUCUUCGCUCUGCGGCUUUGCGCAUUAUUGCUGAACGAUCCGUGAAAGGAGAUACCCGAGAGCUGCUUCUCAAAGACCUCGCAAGCAGAACCCCCGAGCAGAGAAACAAAGCCCUCGCGGCAAUGUACUUCCUCGUCAACAACCGAGCUCUCUCCCGGACCUCCGUAUGCUCCCGACUAAAAGACCUCCCCACAUACACCGCCUUGGUUGAUUGCCUCGUCAACUUCCUCGACGAGCACGACGAGAAGACUUCUGGAACAGUCUCUCCCAUAUUACCCCAAACACGACCCGUCGGUGAGAAGAAGGCUUUGAGCACUUUGAACAUACUCUUGCAAGAGAAUACCCCCGCUGCGCUAGAAGCUGGCGUCGUAAGCCGGUGGCUCGCCAAAUACCCCUUCCCAUGUGCAACCACGGAGCCCUCUCGACGACAAGAUGUGGUGAUACUCAUGAAAACAUGGUGGUCUGACGACGCAGUAAUGAGCUCUAUAUUUGCUACGCUAUCAUCUCACCCGGACGGCGCCAAACAGCUACGCAAGCACGGGUUGAUGGGAAGCAUGUUGGAAGAGAACGACCAUGAUGAGGUUAGCGAUGAGAAUGAUGAAGACGACGAAGAGAGCGAUGUGUGGAUGGUAGAUGGUGACGACACUGCUGGCUCAAGCCGGGUUCCUGGGCGACGGCCUCAUAACCGCAAUCCAGAGGAACAGGCUUUACGGAGGCGAAGACGAGAGGCCAUGGUACUGAGUGAUGGAAGACGCCCAAUAGGGCAUGACGAUAUCAUACAGCUUCCCAUUGUUGAGUGA